AUGCAGUGGAACGUGUACAUGUUCUCCUACCCCAGUGAAAACCAUAGGCAAAAUUGCAACGUGUUUGGAAUUACGAAGUGCAGCUUUACAGUCCUAAAGAAUAUUCUUACCUAUAACAAAGAAUUCCCAUUUGACGUUCAGCCCGUCCCCUUAAGAAGAAUUUUAGCACCUGGUGAAGAAGAGAAUUUGGAAUUUGAAGAAGAUGAGGAAGAGGGUGGUGCUGGAGCAGGGUCUCCUGAUUCCUUUCCUGCCAGAGUUCCCGGUACUUUAUUACCGAGGUUGCCGUCAGAACCCGGAAUGACGUUGCUAACGAUCCGAAUUGAGAAGAUCGGUCUGAAAGAUGCCGGGCAGUGCAUUGACCCCUACAUCACAGUCAGUGUAAAGGAUCUGAACGGAAUAGAUUUAACUCCUGUGCAAGAUACUCCUGUGGCUUCACGAAAAGAAGAUACCUACGUUCACUUUAAUGUGGACAUUGAGCUCCAGAAGCAUGUUGAAAAAUUAACCAAAGGUGCAGCUAUCUUCUUUGAAUUCAAACACUACAAGCCUAAAAAAAGGUUUACCAGUACCAAGUGUUUCGCCUUCAUGGAGAUGGAUGAGAUUAAACCCGGGCCCAUUGUAAUAGAACUAUACAAGAAACCCACUGAUUUUAAAAGGAAGAAAUUGCAAUUAUUGACCAAGAAACCACUUUAUCUUCAUCUACAUCAAACUUUGCACAAGGAAUGACCCCGCCAUGAGUAACCUGGAACUUCUGUGAAUGUUACCACUCACUAGAACCAUCGUAGCUCUGUCGAAUCCUCUCCCUUCAGCAGGCAGGAAGCAGGCCCUGCCAGGCCAGCGGGCCAGAGGGAGCCCCCUGCAAAGCUACAGCACAGAACCCAUGUCCAGCACGUCACUGACAUGUCAGACUCCUUUGGAUACAGGCUUAUUGUAGGUUUUGAAACAUGUUUUUACUUUUUUA